AACCUUUUUAUUACCAAAACACGUUUUUUUUUUCUUUUAUGAGUCUUACAAUCCUAGACGCCUUUGGUCAUUCCCAAUUUUUUCUAAUAUAUUUUUAAGGGGAAAAUCGAAUUAAAAGUUAGGCGACACUGCCCCGCUGAAAUGAGGGCAAAAGUAAUAUGAUCAUAAGGAACUAAAUUACGGUUUUCAAUGAAUUAUUCAACCUGGUUUGUGUAAUCAAAUGCCAAAUAGGUUUAUUAACCGUCUCUUUCUACUAUGUGUGAAUUAAAGAUGAAACGUAGGCCAUUCUUCGAGGUGCAAAAGAGAAAACUGAGAAAUGAACGGCGAAUUCUAUGCAUGGUUUUCACUGUCUUCCUACGCUUCGCACCAGCUGCUAACCAUGACGUCAGCGGAUCUAUGUUAUGCUAAUAAGCUGCACAAUGCAUACAAUGAGCCCCAUCCAUCGAAGUGAUUCGAUUUUCUAAUUUGGUUUACGACUCGGUCAAGCGAAACCCGUCCAAGGCUAGAGCCUGUAGUUCUAGAUUUUAUCUGGCGAAAAGUCUGAAAUCACAUUGUUGGAGCAAAAGAGGAUUCAAGGUUCAUGAAAGCAUUGAUAACUUCGCUUGGAUUUUCGCACCAAAGACUCAAUUAGCCGUGAUCAUAAGCAUCACAACACUUUGAAGGCACAGAGUCAGCGACUGCGGGAGACGACCGUUUUACGGAAAGAUGGCUUUGGCUCGCUUCUGGAGGCUUUUAACCCGGAUAAAACCUAUCAACAAUGAUACCAGCGACUCUCCUUUAAAGCGGUGCCUGAAUGUAUUCGAUUUAACUUCCCUUGGAGUUGGAGCGACCGUUGGAGCGGGCCUGUAUGUUGUGACGGGUCAAAUUGCUAGGGACGUUGCAGGUCCAGCAGUUGUGUUGUCUUUCUUUAUCGCCGCUGUUGCCGCGUUUCUAGCCGGAAUAUGUUACGCUGAGUUUGGUUGUAGGAUCACCACUGCUGGCUCGGCGUACGUCUAUACUUACACGUCUAUAGGCGAAGUAUGGGCGUUCAUAAUCGGCUGGAAUAUGGUGUUGGAAUAUGUGAUAGGCACAGCUUCGCUUGGUCGAGCAAGUAGUGAGUACUUGGACGCUAUCUGUGGCGGCUCUAUCCACAAGUUCUUUAUCAACCAUGUUGGACACUGGCACACCGAUGGCUUUGCAAGUUACCCAGAUUUCCUUGCAUUUGCGCUGGUUCUGAUCAUUGCUGGUGUGGUCUCUUGCGGCGCGAAGCACUCUGCCGUCUUCAACAAGGUUGUGACCGGCAUCAACCUCAUCGUCGUCGCGUUUGUCAUCUGCGUCGGCCUCUUCCACCUCGACACCAAGAACUGGUCCGGCCCUGGCCAAUUCGUCCCUUAUGGAGUCUCUGGAAUCCUUGCCGGAGCUGCUAGCUGCUUCUACUGCUUCGUAGGCUUCGACGUAAUCGCCACAGCCAGCGAGGAGACCAUCAGCCCCAAGAAAUCCAUUCCUCUUGCCAUCAUGCUGAGCUUAAUCAUCAGCUUCUUAGCGUAUUUCGGCGUCGCUACCGUCCUCACACUCAUGGUGUCUUACAAGGAUCUUGACAAAAUCGCACCUCUACCCGAAGCCUUUAACAGAGUGGGUCUUCCCGGCGCCAAGUAUGUGAUAGCUGUUGGAGGACUGUGCGCUCUCCUUGCCUCGCUACUCAGCGGUAUCUUUGCCGUGCCGCGAAUCCUCUAUUCCAUGUCCAAUGACGGCCUCAUCUUCAGUUGCUUCAAGCGCGUCUACGCCAAAACGAACAUGCCUUUAAUUUCCUUGGCCUCGGCCUCCAUGCUAGCGGCAGUGCUGUCUCUAUUGCUGGACCUCAAACAGCUAGUGGAGAUGUUAUCCAUCGGCACACUCCUCGCAUACACCCUGGUCGCCAUAUCCGUGUUACUGCUGCGUUUUCAGCCCGGAGUGGAAAGUGUUGUCUCUGAUGUGGAAAUAUCGUCGUCGGAGAAAAGCUACAGAGUUAUCUGCUGUCGACCGAAGACCGAACAACCCGCCAUAGAAUACAAGCCACUAUCUGCGAGUAACUUGGAGAAAGACAUAGAAGAUGAAAAAAAAGAGAACCAACAACCAGAACCCGACAAGCGUACCAGUCAGAUCGCCACAACUGCCGUCGUCCUUAUCAUCUGCUCUCUGACCGGGCUUUGCGCGCUACUUGUAGGGGCUUGGGAAGCAUUGACCAGCGGUAAUGCAUGGGCGGUGUUUACCGCUUGCUUCAUGGGUAUCCUGUUUAUCUUUGCUGUCAUGGUGAUGAUGUUGCAGCCUCGUAAUCACGCCACGUUCCCGUUCACGGUUCCCAUGAUCCCUUUCAUCCCUAUCGCCAGUCUGACGGUGAAUCUGUUCCUUCUCCUCAAGCUGUCUCAUUGGACCUGGGUUCGGUUUGGAAUCUGGAUGGUCAUAGGUAUGUCCAUCUACUUCUUCUACGGCAUUCGCCACAGUGUCGAGUCUUUGCCCAACGAGAACGACUCAAACCAGAAUGAUGUUCUCGUCCAGGAAAUGCCAGGAUUCAGCCAGACAAUUAACCCCGUCCAACCGCGCCGAGAUGACGAGAAAGCACCAUUACAAGAUAGUUUCCAGGACACCCCGGCCGAUGAAGAAGCUAAGGAGGCUGGUGACGAGUGAGACAUAUGAGAGCAUAAUUUGAUAAUAGAUAUAUAUGUACCAUUACCUGAAAACACAAGCAAUGAAUUCAGUGUCAAAUACAAAUGACUACUGAUAACUCGAACCUCCAAAAAUGGCCAAAAAAGAAAACAGAAAUUAAACGAAGGUUUGAAUUUUCUGUAGUCAACUUAAGUUAAAAAAGAAUAAUCCUGCAUUAGGUUGUUGUGUAUUUUCUUUUUGUCUAUUUUUGCGGGAGAAAGAGGACCUGCACAGUAGUUGCAUGGCCCCCUAUACUUUUUUCCUUCACACUUUCUAGACCCAUGCGACCCUACCACUUUUGUAGUAAGGCUCAGUCCAUUGCUUGUGUUAUUCCCUAAAUGCCUAUGAUAUAUAUUUUAAGAUGGGGAAUUUAGAAUGUCGUACGCACUUUUUGGGAGGAUAAUUUUUGGUGGUUUAGCCAACUCUCGGUUAAUAACCACUUUCACGUAACCCCUUCAGCAACCCUAAUACCCUCAAAUAAUUGCUGAACAAAUACACAUAUAUAUAUAUGUGGCCUUUUUAUGGUGUUUUAGGCUAAGUUCAAACGUAUUAUCCAUGAGCCGUAUUCAAUGCAAAUGCACGCAAAUGAAUCAAGUGGAUUGUCUCAUUUGUGUGCAUUCGCAUUGAAUACGGCUCAUGGAUAAUACGACGUUUGAACUUAGCCUUACAGUUAUUUCGGCCAAAAAAAAUAGGUCUCCUAAAGUUUUAACUCUCCUAUAGAUAACAUCAUUCAGUAAUUAUUAAUUAUUAUAAAUUACCGUUUAAGUCAUUUAAUAAGAAUAUGGGUAAAAAUAAAAUAAGGUAUACUUGAGCGAAUUCAAGUAUGCAAACGAGAGAGCCUUAAACGUACAACGGUCAUUCCUUAUUUGAAAAGGUAGACCAGUCACUUCGUGCGCGUUUAUCGUAACGAUCUACCAUGCAAUAAAUAGUAUAUAUAUAUAUAUAUAUACAGGUUUAGGCUAUCUAAUGUAUUGGGUGCCAAGACCAUUGAAAGAUUUAUUUAUUUUUAUAGAGCAAUAACCUGGAUGUAAUUAUUAGUUGUAAGGGAUAAAGAGGGACAAAAAAAAGAUAAAGUAAGAAGAUAGAUAUCUACCUGGCGAUUCUGUUUCUCAUGAUUGCUAUUUUCAAUUGUUUGCAAACAUGUUUCAGUUCCCUUAGGAUUAGUAUAAACGUCGUAUUAUCCAUGAGUCGUAUUCAAUGCAAAUGCAUGCAAAUGAUGAUGAAACAAUAGCCUUGAUUCAUUUAAACGCAUUUACAUUAAAUACGGCUCAUGGAUAGUACGACGUUUGAACUAGGCCUUAGAUUCUGAGGGCCCUUUUUAACAUGUUAUUUAUGCAACAAGCGCAAAACGCGUUACAUGAUCGCAGCUAUUUUGACCGUAAUCGCAAAGUGGUUCCCAUAUAUGAUCGCACACGAUCGCACUAAACCGCACACGAUCGCCGGGUGAGUUUCCAUAUAAUCGUACACGAUCCUAUGAUGGGUUUCCUGCGAUCAUCAAGUGCAAUCAUAUGGAAACCAAUCUUUGGAUGUUACACAUGGUAUUUAACACAAUUCAUAAAUUAGAUUUGUAACAUGGGUAAUGAUUUUGAAUAAUUCACACGCAUUCCAAUUAUUGUCUUAAAGAACCAUAAUAUAGAAGGGGAUUAGAGACUGAUUCCAUCUUGAAGUCCUUUUACACCUAUCAUCAAUCACUGUAAUGUUGCUUCAGCCAAAUAUUAUUUCUGGUGAGGGAACUAUCAACAUUGACGGGUUUCUGUACUAUCUAAAAGAGCCUCAAGAUGGAUACCCCUUUUACACAAUGCAUGAACAGGUGUAACAUUUGACGAAAAAUAAAAGGACAAGGGUGUA